GACUGAGCGUCAGUCGGUCUCGCGGCACGCGGUCAUUGCGCGCGCAUCGACCGCUGUUCUCAAUUCAAAUUUAAAUUUCGAACGCGAUCGCGAAUUUUUGUUUUCUUCUUCUUAUUUAAAUAAUGCAGUGACAUUCGACGACGGUCAUGUGUUAUUAUGAAGUGCCAGUGUUGUGUACAAAUUGUUUCGCUUGAUUGGAGUACUAAACGUAGUUGUGGGUACUCUUUGGUUUCAGGCACCGGUGCCUUUUGUCUAGCGGUUGCGUUGGUACAGUUAUGAUUAUUCCGACUUUCUAUGGAAAUAAACAUUGCGAAUAAAUAUAGCCUUAGCAGAACUCAGCAGUGCAAUUACCGAUGACUUAUUUACAUAAAGUGAACGAUAACAAACUACACAAUGAGUAACAAGUGAAAACAUUUAAAUAUACUCCCCACUAAUUGAUCCGCUGGAAGCGAAAAUGAAUCGCGAUUACUACAGAGUGAUGUACAGUAGCAGAAACUCGAACCGUCCCAUAGCCAAUACUCGUGAUGUUCUCGACAAUGACACGGAGUUCAAUGCGAAUCAGUUCAAACUUUACGACGAUUUCACCACAGAUCUGCGUAUAAACUUUAAUUCUGUAAGAAAUUUUCAUGAAGUCAUGAGACAUGAGAGACGCAGGGGUGAUCCCAACGACUCCGGCGUCGAUCUUGAGAAUGGGAACCCGCUGGAUUAUGUAACGACAAAUGAUAGCGAUUUGUUGGAGAACGAAGUUAUGGUAGAUCCUUGGAGCAGUAUGGACUCAUCUAAUUCGCCAUUAACUGAUUCCGGACCAUCCGCUAGUGACGACUGCACACCCUCAACGUCGAGUGAAACGCGAAAACCUGUCGGUGCAUCAUCUCCUGUGACAUCGGACACGCGCCGCAUUCCGGACCCAAAAGAAACCAAACCAAGCCAAGCAAGAAAUAAAGUAACGACGAACGCAGACAAAGCGCGGGUCCGCGAUUUUACUUUAGACUUAGAUACACUAGAGCCUGACGCUAUCCCACGCCGUUCGCGUUUCCUCGAUGAAGAUUUUCAACUUCAUUCCAAGACUAAUAUAGAAUGCCGAAUUCCAAAACCACAUUUUCUCGAUCACUCACCCUCGCCUGAUGAAUUCGAUGAACGUAGUGAUAUUACAAAUCCCAACUUUCUAGAAGAUGACGACGAUGACAGUCAAGCACAAAAGAAAAGUGGUGCACUUCCAAAAAGACAAUCAAAAACACCGUCUUCCUUGUACACUUCAGAUGAAAAACCACAUCGGACAAGUUAUCGAAGUACCUUACAUUACGGGCUGGAGAGUGCAGCUAGAUCGAGUGAACGACAUAAAAGAGCCUCUCAACUUUACACAGGGACCUGGCCAGGAGAACGCGACGUCUGGACAGGUCACGAUUCAUCAAGCGUUCGAAGUUUCUCCAGUAACGGAUCCGGCGAUUAUCCACGGCCAUCGUCGAAUUUAGAAAAUAAAAUGGAGUGCGUGUGCUCCUUAAUAUCCUUGCUCAGUUUAUCUCCUGAAAAUAACGCUGACUUGAGCGGUCCUUUACUUGAUAUGAGUAGAUCUGUUGAAAGUUGUAUAGCUAUGCGACAAGCUGGCUGUAUACCGUUACUAGUUCAAUUAAUACAUUCAAAAGUCGCCAGAGAAACAAGAGACCGCGCUGCAAAAGCGCUUAGAAAUAUCAUUCACACGCAAACGGACGACAAAGCAGGGAGACGAGAAGCGCGAGUAUGGCGGCUAUUGGAACAAGUUAGAGAAUAUUGUUAUGUAUUAGAAGACAUUGUAGAAGCUAGGAGAGAGGGAAAAGAAGCAACGGAAGAUGAUACAACGAAACACCCGAGUCAAAGUGUGGCUGCCUUGAUGAAAUUGUCAUUUGAUGAAGAGCAUAGACACGUGGUGUGCCAACUAGGUGGUUUACAAGCGUUAGCGGCGUUAGUGAGCGGUGACCAAGCAGCACACGGAAGCAGAACUGAUGACAGCACAUGUUUAACUAUGCGCAAGUACGCAGGCAUGACACUUACAAAUUUGACAUUUGGAGACGGAAAUAACAAGUCCUUGUUGUGUUCAUUCAAAGAAUUCAUGAUGGCGCUGGUCGAACAAUUAGAAUCGCCAAACGACGACAUGCGGCAGGUAACUGCAGCCGUCCUCAGAAAUCUAUCGUGGCGUGCAGAUACUAACAGUAAACAAGUUCUAAGAGAAGUCGGCGCAGUGAAGGGUCUCACAAAAGCCGCGAUGACUUGUCAGAAGGAAGCUACCCUCAAAUCUGUACUAUCCGCGUUGUGGAACCUCACAGCGCACUGUUCUAUGAACAAAGUUGCUUUAUGUUCUGUCGAUGGAGCUCUAGGCUUCCUCGUUGAUAUGCUUAGUUAUAACUCCCCAACCAAGACCUUAGCGAUAGUCGAGAACGCAGGUGGUAUCAUGCGGAAUGUGUCCAGUCACAUUGCCGUUCGCGAAGAUUACAGACAAAUUCUCCGCGAGAGAAAUUGUUUAAGUGUCCUCCUACAGCACCUGAAGUCGCCGAGUUUGACUGUAGUUAGCAACUCCUGUGGUACUCUAUGGAAUCUAUCAGCGAGAUGCCCUCAGGACCAACAAUUUUUAUGGGACCACGGGGCAGUGCCGAUGCUUCGAAGCCUCAUACAUUCCAAGCAUAAAAUGAUAGCCAUGGGAUCCAGUGCUGCCCUCAAAAAUCUUUUGAAUUCAAAACCUGGCAAAACUCACAUAAUUUCUUUAGACACGACAGCGAGAAAUAUGAACUUACCGGCAUUACCUACUCUCGGUGCGAGAAAACAAAAAGCACUAGAACAAGAAUUAGACCAAAAUUUAGCUGAAACUUGCGACAACAUCGAACCUGCAACUUCUCCGAUGACAAGUAAUAGAGAGGAGAAGAAUCUUUUUGUAGCGACAGAGAGGCAAAUUGCUAUGAAUCUAGAAAGACAUAGAAUGACAUCUAGCUCACCUUUAAUGGGUUCCUUAGCAUCGCAAAUAUCAUUAAGUCAUAGUGCGCAUCUUGCAAGUUAUCUAAGUUGCAGCAAUACUUUGUUAAAGGGAGCUUUGGUAUCUCGUUCAGCGACAGGAGGCAGUUCGAGCAACGUAAAUAGAUCAGAUAGCAAAGACUCCGUAACGAGUACACAUUCGGACUCAGUUUUCGAAAGGGUUAUGCGUACCGGUAAAGUGCCAGUACCGACACCUAGAAAUAAAGAUCUAAUGAAAGUAGAUAGCGCAGACGGUUUGAAAAAUUCAAGAACUCUUGCAAAGACUCCUGCUUAUUUGAGAUACGGCAAUCAACCGCCCAUCCCGCCUCCGAGAAGUACGACGGAUAUGAGAACUAAUUACACAGAAUCUGGUUAUGACGUCGACCAGGAUUCUUGCGACCAACCGAUAGAUUUUAGUAGAAAGUACUCAGAGACAAAGAAUGAAUCUGAGCCCGCCGAGAAAGUUGAAGGCAAAAAGUAUACCAAGAAAGAAAACGCAAGCGCAUUUGGCGAUUAUCAGGAGACGGAUCUCGACCAGCCAACUGACUACUCUCUCCGCUACGCUGAACACCAAUCAGAAACAGGAUCAGAUAUAUCUGAACCUCCAGGACCAUCUAUAAACGAAGACACUAUAAAACAUUUCGCAACUGAAGGCACGCCAUACGAAACGCCUAUAAUCUUUUCUACGGCCACCUCUAUGUCCGAUUUACGCAUUAUCGGUAAAGACGGUAAACCCAAAACAUCGAACGUAAAGGAGCAUCCCGAAGCCAUGACACACUCUGAUGAAAAAGACACGUGUUCUAUUGAAGAUCCACCGGGGCACGAUAACGAUAGAGCGAUUUCAACACCACAGACAUCCGCACCAGUUGUGGGGAAACAAGAGAUAUUUGAUACCAAAUUCAGUUCAGGUAUGAUCAGCCCUGAAAAACCCGUGAACUACUGCGAUGAAGGCACGCCCGGUUAUUUCUCCAGGGUUAGUUCAUUGAGCAGCUUAGGAGAGCCCACCGAGGAGGACUGUUUGGCUAAGAAGAAUGCUCAAGCGACGAUCAAUGUGGAUCCAACGCCGGAAGAUCUAAGUACUAGCACACCUGGAAAAGAUAAAGAAGGCUCGAAGGCGGUGACGUUCGCGACGGAGCCGGCGGCGGCGCAGGACGCGUCCGGCGUGACGUCGGCGCGCACGGGCUCGCCGCAGCGCUUCAUAGAGGACACGCCGCUCAUGUUCUCGCGCUCCAGCUCGCUGGGCUCGCUGCCGGAGUGCUCGCAGCAAGACGACCAGGGCUCCGUCGUGUCGGAAGUCAGCCGCCUCACGUCGGGCUGCAUAUCGCCGAGCGAGAUCCCGGAUUCCCCCGGCCAGAGCGUGCCGCUGUCGCCGCGCUCGCGCCACCGCCCCCAGCCGCCCACCGAGCCGCACACGCCGCCGCCGGAAGACCGCCAAGUGUCGGUGUUCGAGGAGAGAGUGUCGCAGUUCGUUGUGGAAAACACUCCUGCGCACUUCUCGCGGAACACCAGCCUAUCCAGUCUCACCAUCAACGAUGAGCAUAAACCGCUGGCCGAUACGUCGAAUCCUGAACUGGACACGUCGCCGGGCGCCGAGGUGGAAGAGCUCGGACAUGACAGGGAACCUGGCUCGCUGCCGGAUAACAACGACCUUAAUAAAUUAAUGAAAGACACGCCGCUGUCGGCGGAGUCGCCGCGCGUGUACUGCACGGAGGACACGCCGGCGCCGCGCUCGCCGUCGGGCCGCUCGGCGCUGUCCCCGCUGUCGGCGCUGUCGGCGCUGUCGGCGAUGUCGGCGCUGUCGGCGGAGGAGGAGCGGCGCGCGCGCGACUCCAGCGACAGCUCCAGCGACGCGGCCGACCUGCUCGCCGAGUGCAUAGAGAAGGGGAUCGCGCAGGUGGUGAAAAACAAAGGGCCGCCAUCCGAGGUGUCGUCUGCUAAUAUCCACAACACACGUGACGAUGUUUAUCAUUCGCUACCGUCGUAUCUGCGUUCGUCCACAGAGACGGUCAUGCUGUCACACGACCUGCCAAGGACCAUUCGAGACAGCGUGAGUGCAGCGUGUCCGCCGCCACUGCCGCCCAAAGUGCCGCCCGACGCGCCGCCGCGGCCGCGCCCGCCCGCGCACAGCUCGCAACUUAUUGACGAGCAUCGAGAAGCUCACGACAAACCAACGAGCGUGCUCCGCAGCAAACCAAAGCUACCGGCCACGUCCAACCUCGCGCGUAACGACUCGCUCAGCUCACUCAGCCUGGACUCCUUCGGCUCCACGGACAGAGAAAUAUUUGAAGAGACCGUCAAGGCCGGCCUCUCCAGCGUCAACCCGAGAGCACAAUACACCCUAGACAGCAAGGGAAAGGCGCAUUCCGUGGAACGACCCGCGGAAUUCUCCCGACAUUCCAGACACCACAAGUCUUUGGAUAGAAGCGACAAGAUCGCUCACAAUAAAGCAAAAGUAAAAGAUCCAGAAUUCGAGCGGAAUCUCGCUUCUGGAGUGUACAACAUUAAACAGUCGAGUAAAGUGAAGAGAUUGGACCAGGAGCUCGCGAUGAAUAGGUCGCCGUACUUCGGGGAGAGCUCUGGACUGACGCGGCAUAGGCUCUCCAGGUACUACGAUGAAGGACCACCGAGCUUGCCCGCCAGGAUGGACGAUAGAAGACUGGACAGAAGUAACUCGUUGAGCUCAUUGAGUAACGAUUCUUUCGGUUCCACGGAUAAGGAAGUAUUCGAGAGAUGCGUGCGCAUGGGCAUGGCCAAACCGACAAAGAAACGUGACGAGAAACUGCGCGUUCGCAGCGACGACCGCCUGGAGGUGAGAGAAUCCCGCCGCAGGAAGAAGGAGAAGACACAAGGCGCGCUCGACAAAAUGGUCGGGGAGGAGUAUUCGAAAGAUCGCGCCAUUUUAGAGGAGGUCAUCGCUCGCGGCGCGGGCGAGCUCAAGGGAAAAGAUGGUCAUAGCCAGGGGCAGGGGCAGAAUCAGAAUCAGUCAAAAAACGUCCCGGCGCAGACACCGACACCUGUUGCGCCGGAUCCACAUUUGGAGAGCUUAAAACAACGUCUAGCUGCUAAGAAGACUAUCAAGCAGAAACGCAUUGAAGACGCUGAGAGAUUUAGAACUCGAACGUUGAGUGAAGACAUUCCACCUUCACCCACGUUCGUAACAAAAGACGCAAACUUUGAAAAUGUCGAAACCACUACCGGCUACGAUAGCUUAUCGUCGAAUGAGCCAAACCAUCAACAAAUUUUAGAUGAGAAGCAAACUGAUGAUGUUUUUAGGGACGUAGAUAGCGGACAUAAUGAAGACGACUUUGAAUUGAACUCGACGCAAUUGAAAACGUAUACGAAAAGUUUUAGGAACUACUUACCGGUAAUAGAGAGCCCGGCUUCAGUAGAUAUGUGUGUAGUAAAUAACUUAAAAAAUAUUGAAAUGACUGCGUCAUACAGACGUGAGGUACACAACGAUAAAAAUCUAAAUCCCAGUACUAGUGACUUCGCAAGUUACGAAGGUGACAGUAAUUCUGAAGACAAAGCUCACUCAGAGUCUGACACUGAAGUACAUUUAAAUCCACCUAAACCAAAAAUAGUCAAACCUGAAUAUAAAAGGGACAACAGCUUAGAUUCUAAUGAGUCUGGUGAAAAGGAAACGGAAGCUCCCAAACCUGUGAGAGGAAGGAAAAAGGCUGCCUAUGUAUCCCCAUACAGGCGAAACCCACCUGCGGCAAAGAAACCGGCAACACCUCAAGUUAAAGCUAUCCCAAAAACUAGUACUGUUAAAGCGUCCACAUCUAAGACUAAUCUCAGUACAAAACCUAUCAAAACUCCGCCUAAAGCAACCAGUGCGAACUCAUCUCCUAAGAAAACUGCCCCCAGUAAGCCUCCCACAAAGACCGCACAGAAAACCAUUGCUAUACCGGCCGCUGCCAGUACCAAACCGCUCCCUCUAGUGAGACAAGGCACGUUUACAAAAGAGGAAAGCUCGGUUCCACCUAAAAACCUUCCAGUACCGGAAACUAAAAUUGCCACUCCACGAGGUAGCGCGACUUCCCCGGUCAAAUCUGUCGCAAAUACAUCACCGUCUAGAUUACCUCAAUUCAGUAGAAACAGACCGCCGAUGGCGAAAACAACUAACCAACCAAAACAAACAAAAACGUCGGCCAGACGUUCCUCUGAAUCUGCUAUGAAGAAUUCCCCAUCAAACCACAGUUUACAAAGCAACGAUAGCGGAAAGACAAUAGUUUUAGCACGCGGCUCUCGUCAAGGCAGUACGUCGAGCGUUAACUCCAUCUCAUCGCCCAAAUCGAAAGACGUCGAAAGCAAGAUUGCGAAUCUGUGGAAGAAAGCUGAACAGACUAAAAAGUUGCCCGCAAAGAAAGUCUGGAUCGAAAGCGACAAAACUGAAACGCCUAAAUUAAUCAGAAGUUCCACUUUCGAGGGGCAGCCGAAGCAAACGGUGACGACGGCCACUAAACAAAAGUCGGCCAUCGGAAUUAGAGUAUCUCAAAUACCCAGUCUCAGGCCCAAAUCCGUUCCAGCCCCGAAACCCACGGGAAGUGCCAAGAAACCGGCAUUAGCCAGAGGAUUUGUAAGAAAACCGAGCGGUCAAGUAACGUCUUGAAUCGAAAAGCAAAUGCAAGACGUGAAUAAUCGAAUUAUUUGCCGUCCCAGUUUUGACGAAAUAUUAAACCUGAGAACAAUAUUUGGACGGUAAUGACCAGCGGUAUUUAAGUGCAAUAAUUAAGUCUAAAAUUGACGAAAAAGACUAUACUUAUUUAGAAUAGAUAUUUUUAUUGUAUCAAUAAUCAACACAGAAUACCUUAUGCAAUUUACGAUUGCUGAUUAUAAUUUGAAACUUUUGCUAUAGAUUUAUCAUUAACCAGAAUCCUUUUUCACGUGUUGAUUUCUAUAAUUUAUUUAUAUGUAUAUCUGUUGCAUUUAUUCAAGUAGUAAUUUCAAAAAUAUAGAUGUUAGUUUUAAGUCUAAUCCAAUAAGUAAGCGUAACAAUAUUCACAGUUGUUCUUUCCAACUACCAAAUAUAUUCCAAUAUUGCGCAUUCGAAGUUUUUGGAAAAACAUCACAAUUUUGCGGUAUAACAUGAGCUUAUUUUCCGCUAAAAUGUCUACAGUACUUCCUCAUUCGUGUACAUAAUUCGCUUCAUACAUCCUAGUUAAGGUUACCAUUUUACAUAUUUGUAUAUUUUUCAUAAUUAUUCAUAAUAAUAAUGUAAGAAGGUCACAUCGUAUCGGAGUAAAAAUGUCGACAUAUUGAACUAUGUCCAAUUUUUUACGUCUAGUCAGUUUGUUAGUUAAGCGAGGGUAGUUCGAAAUUGGCUUAUGAAUUUUUGUAAAACGAUCCAUUUUUGUAUUUGGUGUAUAAUUUUCUAACAUGCUGUUCGCAGGAGUGCUUUAGAGUAUAACAGGAUAUAUGCUUUUUAUAAAAAACAAUGGAAUGGUCUAUGAAUGGUUUGCCUCGCUUCAAAAUUUUUACCAAAUGUCAAUUUUGAAAUAAAACUGUUUAUCCACUAAUAUACUAGGUUGGAAUAUCCAUGUUAUCCCAUGGUCUAGUACUGAUUUCUGUAUUAUUAGAACUUUUAUAAAUUAGCUUUUUUUGGCUUUGUUAGUUUUGUUUUAUCAAACGUAGGGGUUUACAUUAUAUAAAGCCACUUUAGCUAAAUAUAUAGAUGUAAGAUGCGUAUUCGAUGGUAAUAAAUCAAACUUAAAUGAA